AUGGCUUGUAGGACGUCCCUGUCUCACCUGCCUACAGUGCAUGCACAGCUAUCCCAUCCGUCUAUGGCUGCAGCUGUAGAGCCCGCCCAUGUACAUGUCCCACAGGCGCGGUGUGUGUAUAUACCAGCUAAUCAAACAAACAUUUCUCAUCCGCUCAAGAGAAGGGAUCCCCCGCCCCCGCCCCGGCACGGCUCUGACCCCAGCCCCGGAUCCAGUUCCGUACUGCAACACCAGGCAAAGAAUACUCAGGGAGAUGCCAAGGGAGCUGAACCCUUCUUACAUGGACACCCAAGGGACACCCAAGGGACACCCAAAAGACAGGGAAGCGACACCAAAAGGACAUGGAAGAGACACCAAAGGGACAUGGAAGGGACACCCAAUUGGGUGUCCCUUGCAAGUGACACCAAAGGGACAUCCAAGGAACGCCCAAGGGGCACCCAAGGGGCACCCAAGGGGCACGGGAGGGAUAACCAGGGGCACCCAAGGGCACCAAAGGGACGCCCAAGGGACACCCAAGGGACAUGGAAGAGAAACCCAAGGGACAUGGAAGAGACACCCAAGGGACACCAAAGGGACACCCAAGGGCAGUGA